UGAGCGCGCUCGCUUCAGCUACCAGUGGUGGUACGCCGGACAAACUCACAUGUAUGCUUGCGCCAACUUGAAGCGAACGGCUAAUUAGUUGUCUUUUGUUAUUUCACAAGUUGCGGUCAUGUUACGUGUAAACAUAGUUUACUUUUAGAACCAUGGGCAGUGAGUGCUGUUGGGGUGACGGGGUCCGUGAACAAUUUAAACCUUGGUUCUAUUUGUCCUCGCGCAAGCAGCUCUCUUACCCAACUGCCGCUCUGUUGACGUUUGUGGCGCCAGAAAUCAAGGGCUGAGGGGCGCUUCACUCGUGUGUGUUAGCGGCCGCGAAUAUACGCGUAUCUUUUCGAAGCUGGUGACGUUCAAUUUUAGAUGCAUUUCAGUGCUGUAGUGACCGACAGGCCGUCAUUCGUGCGUUUAUAACUUAGGGCCGGAGUCAACAUGGUAAUACUACGCAGUAGCGGCGGUGGUUUAGUCGUUCAACCGGUGGUAUCAGCUCCAAAUAGGAGGUCGAUGGAGUUGGACACGAGCUCGGAGUUUCUGUCUCUUGUUCCCACUUUGCAGAGAAAAUCUCCCCGGUCAACACGGACCUCCCGUGCUCUGGAUGAUAGCCUGGGCAGCCCUGAGCAUAACAAAGUGACGGCGGGAAGCUGUCUCUACGACUUCCGAAAGACAAGAGGCCAACGGGUCAAGCUAGAGGUCUCCUUUAGUGACAUAGAACCAAAGACUGGAGGCUACCCAACAAGGAAAUCUUCCAGGCUACAGAAGGAAGACAAAUCAUCCUGCGACAAACUUCAAGGGGAUGUUCCAGAUGAGGUUGAAGGAACUUCCACUCCCAAAAGAAGCCGUGUAAACUUAGGGAGCCCUGAAGACGAGGAGGAACACUCUUUACGACGUAGUUCCAGAAUCACCCAAUACAAAUUAAAUUCCCGGAACCAGUCGGUUCUCUAUGACCGCCUCAUCACCAAUACGGCUGAAGCUGUACUACAAAAAAUGGAUGACAUGAAGAAGCUGCGUCGCAGAUUGAACAGCGAAGAAAAGCUAGGUGUAUAUACUCGAGGCAGAGUAAGGCAAUCUCUGAAGACCAAUGUGGACAGUAAGGAUCCCAAGAAUCACCAAGAUGACCACGAUGAAGAGGACGACGAUGAUGACGACGACGAUGAUGAUGAGGAAAUAGAUGACGAUGAUGACAUUGAGGAUGACAUUGAAGAUGAUGAAGAUGCUGUUGAUGAAGAAGACAAUCCAAAGCGUUAUGACUUUAGACAGCGGAAAAAUGUAGUUCUUUACCAGGCACCGCAAGAUGGACCCAGAGAGGCGAGAGAGACCAGGAUGCCAAGAAAGCGCACCAUGUACUUUAAGGAACACUCAUCCCCUACAAGACGCAGAUUCCCCUUUAGCUCCGCAGCUCCUCGGAGUGCCUACAGCAGGAAAAGGACUAGCAGGAAUGAUACUGACAGGAGGAGACAUGCCCUCCACAGUAGCGACUCCACGUCUACUUCCUCCGAAGAUGAGACUUUUCAGAGGAGGAGAUGUAAGAGCAAGAAUAAAAGUAGGGCCAGGUCGGUCAACAGAUGUCUGCCGAUGAACAUUAUGAAAGAUGACUUGCUGGGAAUUCACAAAGAUCGCAUGAAAACUGGGGCUAGUCUUGCGGAUGUUGACCCCAUGCACAUCGACAAAACAGUGCGGUUUGACAGUAUUGGUGGCCUGAGCAGACACAUCGCAUCCUUGAAAGAGAUGGUGGUCUUCCCUCUGCUUUACCCGGAAGUCUUCGAGAGGUUCCACAUUCAGCCGCCCAGGGGCUGUCUAUUCUAUGGGCCCCCAGGCACUGGGAAAACCCUGGUAGCCAGGGCAUUGGCUAAUGAAUGCAGUCAGGGAGAAAGAAAGGUGUCGUUUUUUAUGAGAAAAGGUGCUGAUUGCCUUAGUAAGUGGGUUGGAGAGUCUGAGAGACAGCUACGCCUUCUGUUUGACCAGGCUUACCAAAUGCGUCCGUCUAUCAUUUUCUUCGAUGAAAUUGAUGGUUUGGCCCCGAUCAGGUCCAGUCGACAGGACCAGAUUCACAGUUCUAUAGUGUCGACCCUUCUUGCUCUUAUGGAUGGAUUAGAUGGCAGAGGAGAGAUUGUGGUUAUCGGUGCCACCAACAGACUGGACUCCAUCGACCCGGCUCUCAGACGACCAGGUCGUUUUGACAGAGAGUUCCUCUUUGGCCUCCCUGACAGAGAGGCUAGAAGGGACAUUUUGAAGAUCCAUACCAGAGACUGGACACCUCCACUUGCUAUUAAUUUCCUUGAAGAGCUGGCUGAUAAAUGUGUGGGUUAUUGCGGAGCAGACAUAAAGGCCGUGUGCUCAGAAGCAGCACUGUGUGCACUGCGGCGCCGCUAUCCACAAAUCUACUUCUCAUCACAGAAACUUGUGCUAGAUGUGGAGUCUAUAGCAAUCACAGCUAAAGACUUUAUGUCCGCCAUGUCCAAGAUGGUGCCUGCUGCACAGAGGGCUAUAGUAUCACCUGCCAAGGCACUGUUGCCUGCAAUCCGUCCGUUACUGGGUGCUGCCCUGCAAGAGAUCCUCCACGCAGUCAGUAAAUUGUUCCCGCAUGCCGAACAGGGCUUUAAAAGGAAGCGGACACAAGAUCAGUCUUGUUUGUCUGAGGAUGAUAUUUUAAGUGAAGAUGAGGAGCGAUGUAGUGGACAGACCCCUCAAAAGACCGUUUCAAGGGGAAUCCUCAACAUUGAAAGAAGUGCAUUGAGCCAGCCAACCUCCUACCGUCCCAGGCUGCUUUUGGUGGGUCGACGUGGCUCAGGUCAAAGCUCCUAUCUGGCUCCUGCUGUUCUCCAUGCUCUGGAGAAAUUUACAGUCUACACACUGGACAUGGCAGUGCUGUUUGGAGCCAGUGCAACAGCCCCUGAGGAGACUUGUGCACAGAUUUUUGUGGAAGCGAAGCGGACGUCUCCAAGUGUUCUGUACAUCCCCCACAUUGGACAGUGGUGGGAGACUGUAGGUCCUGCAUUAAAAGCCACUUUCCUCAGUCUACUUGGCUCACUCCCUGCCUUUGCUCCAAUACUGCUACUCGCUACCUGUAGUCUACAGUACUCUGAACUCAGUUUUGAGAUUCAGGAGUUGUUUAGGAUGGCGUAUGGGGAGGUUUACAAUGUUCAAGCACCCAGCAGCCGAGAGAGAAGAAAUUUCUUUCAGGACCUGCUCCUCAAUCAAGCUGCUAAAGCCCCCUCUAAAAAGAAAUCCAGACCCCACUCCUUUGAAGUGCUUCCUGUUGCUCCUCCUCUGCCGCCACGUCAGCUGGAAGAGCAGGAAGCCCGAAAACUGGCGGAACAAGAGGAAGAUACCCUCAGAGAGCUCCGCCUUUUCUUGCGGGAUGUUACAAACCGCCUGUCCCAAGACAAACGCUUUAAGGCUUUUACAAAGCCUGUGGAUUUAGAAGAGGUUCCAGAUUAUGCUGCGGUCAUAAAAAAGCCUAUGGACCUGGCAACUGUGCUUUCAAAGAUUGACCUUCAUCAGUACAUAACGGUCAAAGACUUUCUUCAAGAUGUUGAUCUCAUUUGGCAGAAUGCACUUGAAUACAACCCAGACAGGGACCCUUCAGACCGUCAGAUUCGGCAUAGGGCCUGUGCGCUGAAGGACACUGUGCAUGCCAUCAUACGACAUGAAUUGGAUGAAAAUUUUGAAAAGAUCUGUGAUGAAAUCAAAGAUUCACGCAACAAUAGAGGUUGCUCUGUUGCACAAUAUGCUCCCUCCUUUUACCAUGUCCUCCCCAAACAGGCCAAACCUCUGACUGAAGCAAAAAUGGUUGACAAGACUACACAAAGAGAGCAGGCAAAAACCACAUCUGUGCCAACUCCUAGUAGUACAACCUCUACAUAUAGUUCCCCUAAAAGCACGGCGCAGAGAAAGAAACGUCGGAGGAGUCGCUGGUCCUAUGGGAUCUUUGCAAAAAAGACAUCUUCCUCAUCUCAUGUCCCCAAAGAGAAUAUGCACUUAGUCACUGAUAAUGAUGAUGCAGAUGAAGAAACUGAAAUAGAGAAAGCAAUGACAACGCUCAAUGAAGAUGAAGACAAGUUUAGAACUGCUAUGAAGGAUGGUAUUCAGAGUGAAUGUGAAAAAAGGAUUGCUGAGGAGCAAGCACAAGACAAAAUAAUAGACAAAGAUCCGUCCGAUUUAGAAGUUAUCCCGGAAAACCUAGUUGGGCACAGUUCAAUGAGCAUUGAAGGACAUAACAAAGGAGAGUUAGACACAGGUGAUCAAACAUGCAGCUGGACCCUGACACAAGAAAGUAACUGCAAGAUCACAGCACAAGAGCCUCAACCAAUGGAUGUGGUUACCAUAGGCAAUGCCAUCACAGAGCACUCUGGAGUUCUCAAAGGAGAUAAGAACGCCUGUGCAGAGGGGAGCAUGAGGCGCAUGACCAGGCCCUCAAAGAACAAUGUUCUGCAGUCACAGUUGGAUCUGUUAAAAGCUCCGCAGAUCAGAGAUCAAGAAAUGCCUUCAUUGGUAGUGGACAGGGACAAAUUAAAGGAGCUACUGGACAAAGUUGUGACUAAAACUGAUGGUUAUGAGGUCCACAAGUUGGAGAAACUCUAUGCUCUACUCUGCCAAUGUGUCUACAGACACAGAAGAGACCACCACAAAGCUGUGUUAAUAGAGGAGUUGGAGCAAGAGAUCGAUGACUUCUGUUGACAGUUUUAAAGGAAGAAUGUGACAUUUUUAAAUAAUAGUGCACAUAAUUCUUACAUCAUGUUCAGCACCCACAGUGAUAAAAACACACAACCAGUGGUUCUAUUGUAAUACUUUCGCGCAUAAAGUGAAUCUUUGUAUUUACUAUUGUUUUUAUUUAAUAAAUGGCUUCCUGUUCAUAUAUAAUGUUUUAUGUUUGUUUCAGUCUUUGGCGGCUAUUGACUGCACUAGACGGCCAUUUUAUUAACUCCCAGUCAAAUUGGGCGUCUAGUGCCGUAAAUGGAAUUGAUGACAUCGCGAUAACUUUGCCCUGAAAGAUUAUCUCAAAAGUUGCCAUUGUUUGAUGAAAGAAGCAAUUAGUUGCAAUU